GACAAUUGAGGAAACUUUACCAAAAACCGCAGACGAGCACAUUUUGCAGAAGAACGCAGCACGUUUACACGCAGACGAUGGACAACAAUCUCGGUGUCGAAGAUGAAGUGAUCAAGACAGCCUUGUCUGCAUCCUUGGAAGCUUGCGCGAAUCCAAAGGAGCUGCCUUUCGUUGUAAGGAAGGUCGACAGUAGCCCUUCGCAGGUCGUCGUGGCCUUCCCUGGAUCAUGGUCUCCCAAUGACUGGUUCGCAGGCGACGGCGAAGCGAAUUCUUUCGGAGAGACCAAGAUUAACGACAAGAAGUUGCCUUCCCUCAGGAGCCUCAGGGUCGAGGGGUUUGCCAAGGUCAACGAGGCAUUCAUGGCACGGUUCCUGCGGAUUCUGGAGGAUAGCAAUCAAACGUUUUGCAAGGAGGUGACAAAGGCGGUGGAGAAUGAUAAGCAAUUAGUAUUUUCAGGCCAUUCAUCAGGCGGUCCAAUCGCGAUAUACGCGACUGUUUGGUUCCUUGAGAAGUACAUAAGAUCAAACGAGAAGCAGACUUCCCGUCCCCCGCUCUGUUUAACAUUUGCAUCCCCACUUACCUCUGACCGCACCUUUUGCCAUGCCGUCCAGCGUGAGGGUUGGUCUGAUUGCUUCAUCCACUUUGUUACAAAACUCGACAUUGUUCCUAGGAUUCUAUUCGCUCCUCGCUCUUCUGCAACAGAGUUGCUACUAGAAAUUCCCCCUUUCAUCGACCCACAUCACAAAGCCGAUGAAAAAAAAAUGGCUUCCUUAUUUGCGAGUGUGAUGAAGAGUGUGUCAUGUGUUGCAAACAGUGCAGCUUGUACACUAAAGGGAAGCAAGCAUACAUUAUCUGAAACCAUGUCUAGAUUCAUCAAGCUAAGCCCUUACAGACCGUGCGGGAAGUAUGUUUUUUGCACCGAGACUGGAAGGUUGGUGAUUGUGAAGAACCCAGAUGCGGUUCUUCAACUGUUGUUUUACUCCUUACAGAUCGAGUCUGAAACAGAGCUUCAGAAGAGAGCAGUGGCAAGCUUAAAGGCACAUUGGACGUAUAAAGAUGCAUUAGAUAAAAGCUUGGCCAGGCACAAUGUAGUUCGUUUAGAGAAGCUCCGAGAAUUACCUCUCAGCUCCGACGAUCCUGUAGACAUUCAGGUCAAGACGAUUGGUGCUGCGCUGAAUGACCUUAACCUGAGCGAACUGGCGAGGCUGUGCCUUCGUGCUGCUGGAGAGUUUGAGAAGCAGAAAGAGCAUAACAGAAACACCGUCAAAGGCAACAAAGAUGCGAUAAACAAAACCCUCAAAGCAUUAGAAGAGUAUCGGACCACGUGCAGGAAUGAUGGCGUGGGAUAUUAUGAUGCUUUCAAGAUGCAAAAGAAAGAACAAGACUUCAAGGCCAACGUGAAGAGACUUGAACUGGCAACUAUUUGGGACGAGAUUAUCGAAAUGGUAAGACACGGGCAGCUCCCUGAUGAGUUUGAGGCAGAGAAAGAAUGGGUGGACCUCGGCACGCAGUUUCGCCGACUUGUGGAGCCAAUAGACAUAGCCAACUACUAUCGGCACAAGAAGAAUGAAGACGCAGGUCCUUAUAUGAUCAGAGGAAGGCCAAGUCGGUACCAUUAUCCGCAAAGAUGGCGAGAAAAUGCUGAGCAGUUGGAUAGAGAUUCAAGUGGCGAAUCCUGCUUUUGGGCUGAGGUGGAGGAGCUCGAGGAUGAAGUUACUAACAAGAGGCCAUGGAAAGAAAUAGAGAACAGGGUUUUGACUUUGGAGAAGAACCUGAGAAAAUGGUAUGAUAAAGAGGAGGUGGAGAAGGAUGUGUUCUUAGAAGAUAGCACACUCGUCAAGUGGUGGCGAUCUCUCCCGGACGACCAUAAGGCAAAUUCCUGCAUCAAAGGACUCAUGCCAAGCUGAAAAUUCCUCACUGCUGCAAAUUUGCUUGAAAAGCUAGACCCAGUAACAGGCUGGCAUCAUUCAAAGUCCAGUCAUUCCCCUUUUCAGUUGAUUCUCUCCGUAAAAUAAACGUUGUUAAUGAAAUGAACUGCCAUUUGAGUUUUGACUUUCAAAUUAAGAUACAAGGGUAUUUUAGAUCAUGCACAUUUAUUUUAGGGAUCUUUGAAGAGAGACUAUAAAAGGAAUGCGUAUAAUAACACA